GAUGAGUCUAGGACAUUCAAGAGGUGUUCGGCUCAUGCAGAAAGACAGCGGAGUUGGAAACCUUCUGGGACACACGUGGCGAUCUGUGAACGAACGCUCUCCGAAAGGUCCUGCCUGCGACGGCCCGACUCCACUCUGUAAACGCAAGGCGGAGGCGGUGCUUCUCGUGGCACGUGGCCAGAGGAAAGCCUGCUUGGGAAGGCUGAAGAACAGCAGAGGUUCUUUGGAGUCGUCUUGCCACUUCCUGCAGGAAAAAGCGGUGCUUUAGGUGCUCCCAUGGCACUGCGCUGUGCAGCCCAACUCCAGUUCACACGCGACCUCCGGCACCAGCAGCAGCACCAUCGCGGCGGAGAAUGAGGGUGCUGUAUCUUUUCGUCUGCCUGCCAGCAGUGCUCCUGGCCCAGGGACAGUACGACCUCGAGGACCCGGCCUAUCACGACACGCCGUACAUCCCGUAUGAGAUCGAAAGCCAGGAUUACUACGACUAUGCUGGAAAUGAUAUCUCCCCGCAGACUCCAGAGGAGCAGUACCAGUACCAGUCUCAGCAGCAGAACCAGCAGGAAGUCAUCCCAGCCCCGACCCCAGAUACCCUCGAGACGGAGCCCACCGAGCCGGGGCCGCUGGACUGCCAGGAGGAGCAGUAUCCCUGCACGAGGCUGUACUCAGUCCACAAGCCGUGCAAACAGUGCCUGAACGAGAUCUGCUUCUACAGCCUCCGCCGGGUUUACGUGAUCAAUAAGGAGAUCUGUGUCCGCACAGUCUGUGCCCAUGAAGAGCUCCUCAGAGCGGACCUGUGUCGCGACAAGUUCUCCAAGUGCGGCGUCAUGGCGAGCAGCGGCCUCUGCCAGGCCAUGGCUGGCGCGUGCCUCCGGAGCUGUGGCGGCUGCUGA